AUGGACGAAACCACUGGGAGUCACGAGCUGGACAAGCACCUGAUGCUUCGUCGUCGGAUGGACAGUGGUGGCAAGAGAGUUCCCAGCAAUGGCGAGAUCGAAGGCCUUGGGGUGAUCCUGCCCAAGAUCAUGGCUGGUCUUGGCAACCACAUGGAGAUGAACGUGGAGACCGAGAAUAUGGUGGCUGGGAGGAAUGGGGUGCUUGGACGGACCGUGGUGGCUGGACAUGGGAUGAGUGGUAUGACCAUCCUGGCAAUGGUGUGGGGCAGUCUGCUUCAUCAACUCGGGGCGGAGCCACAAGUUCAUCUCCUGUUCGUGAAGUUCCUCCUAGCCGCCCACAAGGUUUCUUCCGUCAUGGGACGUUCGUCAACCGUAUUCGUACGGAUGAAGAACAGCGAUUUCACACUGGUGGACAGGGACAGCAGCGUCAGGGGCGUAGACAAGAAAGACUCCGCCAAUGGAGGGAUGGGACGUUUGUGCCUGCCUGGCGACGUCAUAUGGAUGAAGUUGCCAGUCGGCUACAUGGAGGUGGUAGGGCGGGUCGUGCCCAACAUCCACCUCGAGAAGUACCUGGUGCACCUGUCGAAGAAGUACAUGCUGAACAACCACCUCAUGCUGGAGUUGGCGUCUGGCAACCUUGGUGUCGAUUCGUCAGUGCAACUGGGAACCUCAGGGGACGUGACCGAAGCAACUGUUCCUGUUCAAGAACAUACAGCUGGUGCUGUAGGGUCGUCUGCUCCUCGGUGGUCGCGUAAGCAAUGGGAUGACUGGGAGGAAUGGGAUAGAGCUGCAGACGGAUCAGUUACUCCUGACGGAGUCAGCCUCAUGCAGCAGCCUGGUCGUACAAACAAUGGAGCCACUGGAGGAGACGCAGAAAUGGUGGCUGGAGCUCCUGCUCAACCCAGUCUUGCUCUCACUAUGCAGGAAGAACAGGCGCUUUACGAUGCGGGGUGGCCGCUUCCCAUCAUCGCGGAUAUGAGGGAGUUCUGCGAGUUCCUCGAGUGGGCUCGGGGUGAACAUGGUGCUGGUGCUGUGGCCUGGGCCAUGGACUCCUGGGGCGACAGUCUCGUCGUCGGAAAUGCCACCAUCGAACUUGCUCAGGAGACACUUUGGGGGCGCUUGCGCGACACUGAAGUCGUACGCCCAACGGAUGCUGGCGUCCGGGGACGUUUGGUGGUGGGCUUUGCAGGAUUCCAGCGACAGAUGGGUGACUUCCACCUAUCACUCGUACAAGAAGGACUCCGAGGUCAGUGGAUGCCGCAUGGUCCUGAAGAUGACGAUGGACGCCAACUUCCAGAACCUCCUUUCGUACGAGGCGACCAUGGGGCGUGGGCUAUGACAAGGGCAAGAACGUUGGCGCGUGAAAUGAUCCAAAGAGCACAGGCUCGUGGAGCUGCUACGCGCCGCACAAAUGCUGGGGUGAACAUCCAGGUCCAAGUUCCUGCUGCUCCGAGUCACGAGUCUGGAGAUGGAGAUGCUGGUUCAGGUGGAGACGAUCCUGCUGGUGGGGACGAUGGUGGCGAUGAAGGUGACAGCUCUGCAGGGGAUGUAAGCGCCAUGAUGCAGUUGACAGUGGAGGAAGAACAGCGGCUACAUGAACGUGGUGUUGCAGAUGAAGUGCGUCGUCAAUUCCGAAUGUUGAUGAUUGCUCUUGGUCAUAUACAGGAGCGGGGAGAAGGACCCGAGUACCGCUGGGGCGUUCGCAUGUUGGUGGAGUCGUGGGAUGAGGCACUACAGGCAAUGCAAGUCGUGCGCGACCUGCUCUAUCGUCGAUCCACCAACCUUGGGGCGUUGCCGUACUAUCCUGCGACACGUGAGCCGGUGUAUGGUCCUCUACGAACACGUGUGGUGGCGUACAUGGCGGAAUAUAGACACCUUCUACUACGUGGCCUUGAGGACGAGGUUGCUCGGGAACUUGUCAGACGUACACGCAGCACAGGUUCCUCUGGGUCGCAGGCUCCGCACCGAGAUGUGCACCAUACAAGGGAAGUGAAUGAGGAUGGCUUGGUUGGUGGUGAAGUACGACGCUUGGGAAGAAAUACACGUUCUGGACGCAAUGUACAUCCUCGUGGCAGUCGUUCCCGCUCUCGUUCCACUCGGGCGAGACAUGGUGUUGGGGAUGAUGCAGCUGGUCGAGGACCUGUUGGUCGUGACCUUCGCCCUGCUCUACGAGAUCCCCCUGGUCUUCUUCCUCCCGGUGUUGUCGAGGGUGGUGGAGUUCGGGAGGCUGCUGUGAGUGUGAGUGCUGGACAAGAUCUGCUUGUGGGGAGUGGCGAAAACCAUCGACCUGGGGAUGUUCGUGGUGGAUCUGUCGUCGAGGAAGCUACUGAACAUCUAUCUGCUGAACUCCCUCCUGUCUCUGCAGUACCUGUACCUUCUGCACAAGUUCAACCUCUGCCAGCUGCACUUCAUACAGGUUCUGCUGUACCUGUACCUCCUGCCCAAGUUCGACCUGGAGAAGAUGGCAGUCGUGAAAGCCCUUUGGAGACGGAUGUGACUGAUCCUACUGAGUUGGGUCGUUCCUCUGAGACUCCUGUUGGUGCUGCUGCUGUGGAUGAUCCUGGACAUCUAUCAGCUGAACUUCAUCCUCACUCUGCAGUACCUGUACUUUCUGCACAAGUUCAACCUCUACCUGCUGCAUUCCAUCAAGGUUUUGGAGUACCAGUAGCACCUGCUCGAGCUGGGCUUGGAGUACACCAUGACAGUCAGGAUGGGCUUGCUGUGCAUUCUCCCCAUGAAGAAGUGCGGGCUGGUCCUUUGGGGAUGGUUACCGAUGUACCUCCUGAGUUGGGUCGUCCUUCUGAACAACCUGUACCUCCUGCACAAGUUCGAGAGGAUGUUCAAAGUGGUCAGGUUCCCCAGGGUGAUAGUGAGGGUGCAAUGUCUGCAGUGCCAGCACUUGCUGAUGAACUGCAACCUUUGUCUGGGGAUGUAGUUGUCAGUAGUGGUGAGUCGUCUGAUGACUCCAGUCCGGGCCCACAAACUCUGUCAUAA